AUGCCUUGUCACAUAGAAUGCGCUACGUGUCACAAAAAGUUCUUCAAAAUUUCGAAAAUGUCACAAACUAAUUUCGUCCGAAAUUCCAUGUCUAAAAAUCAAACAGUUGAAAAAAAGAAAUCUGUGAAAUCUCAAGACGCCGAUAAAUUGCUAUUUGAAAAAGAGCAAUUAGAACAGGAAAAUCAGGCUUUAAGAAAAGAAAUUGUUUUAUUGAACACAAAAAAUAUGGAUUUGGUCAAACGUUCCACAUAUACAGAAAGAAAAUUCGUCGAAGAUUUCGCUAAUUUACAAGAACAAGUCAAACUGAACGAGAAGCAGCUGAUAGAGAGCAGCAAAAAGUGUCUAGAACAGCAAAAAUCCUAUGCCGAAGAGGUCAAAAAGUUACGACAGGAAAACGAUACUUUAAAAAAGCUGCACAAAAAAGACGAACUGAGCAUUCUAGAAAGAAUCGGCUGCUUAGAGAACGAAAUCGAGCAGCUGAAGCUGGAAAAUGAAACUCUGAAAGCUCAGAACGAAGACAAUGCGGAAAAAACAACGAAAUACAAGACGAAACUGAAGCACGCUGUGAAAAUCGUUAACGAACUCAAUCAGUUGGUUUUACAGGGUUGUCACAAGCCGGAAAUAAUGUAUGGUGUGGUUCAAACUGAUAAGUAA